AAACUUAUUUGGAGCACCAUACUACACCUUUCUUUUGCAAUUUCUUGUUUUGUAGAAAAAGGAAAGUUAAAGCAUGCAACUGUGAGUCCAGAACCAGGGGAAACUAAAGACAUUAGAAGUUAUAAGAUUGCUAGCCAUCCCAAUAUUUAUGUAUUAGACACUCCAGCUGUUUUAUCUCCCAAGGUUCCUGAUAUUGAUGUUCUAUCAAAAUUACUCUUAACAGGAGCAAUUGGGGACUGUUUGGCUGAGAGAAAAGAAACUGCUCAAUAUUUUCUAGCUAUUCACAACUCUAGUGGUCAGUACAAGAAAUGGGCGAAGUUAUCAAACAAGGAUAGUGACUGGGUUUUCCUUAACAGCGCAACAGAAUGCUCGACUACCUCUGGGUUGCGAAUGAAACAGAAAAACCAAAUCCAUACAGAUCACACACAGGACGACGUAGUGCAGGUUGUUCGAAGAACACUCUAUGAAACAGUAUCAUCUUUUGAAGGCAAUAUAAGAUGUGAAGUUGAAAUGGAAGCACUUAUUGCUAGACAGUUUACUGCCUUGCAGGAAGUUUUCCAUGUUUUUACUGAAUCUGAAGAAGAUGCUCAUGUCAUGGUUGCCGGGAAAUUGCUUAAUCUUUUCCGUACGGGUCGUCUUGGACAUUAUAUUUUUGAUAACCUUCCCAGAAAUACUCACUGAUCAUUGUCAGGCCAAUGCUGUGUGUAUUGACCACUAAAUCUAACUGUUCAACUCAGUUGCAAAGUCUAACCAUAUCUUUUUACAAAGCAAAAAGCCAUUAGAUACCAUUCUAUUACUCCUAAUCUAUAAUAUUGGUUAAAUUAAUCUGCCAUUACAUUUUUAACUGA